AUGAUCUUUAGCAUUAUUCCUGAAGUGGCUUUUCAUGUCUCGGGGGAAGAUUCCGUCAUGGCUCUUAAUGCGUUUUUGGUCAUAACAAGGUUCAACAAAUUAAACGACCUCUGCCUCUACUACCGUACGGGGGCGCAAGAGGACGUGGAGGAGGUUUUGAUGAAGGUGAGUACUAUGCUUAUGCAGAGGGCACUUGAGUGUAGUGGGCCUCAACGGUGGGUGGUCCUGAAUGCAUUGAUAAAUAAACUCAAUGUGAAAUUUGACAAGGUGAACUUUAUUAGUCAUUUGGCUGCCUUCUUCUUUGAAGGGCAGGAUGCAACUGUUAAUGCGUUGCACUUUCUUUUUGCCCUUCUGACACGUGAUGAAAGAGUUCAGCAAUGUCUUUACGAAGAAAUUUUGUCUGUCAUGCCGUUCACUUGCAUCUGCCCAGCAUUUGAGGAAUUGAUGGCCUGUUAG